CUGUGGAAAAGAGGGAGGGUGGGUUAGUGCUAUUUCCGGCAGUUUGUCAGUAAGGAAAGUUCAAGAUUUUUGUGACAAGAAUGGAGGGUUUUGGUGACAAUUUUGAUCAGCCCGAAGUGGAUCCAGCAGCAGAAUUCCUAGCCCGUGAGCACGAUCAACUUGCUGGACUGGAAGAUGAAUUGAAUCCUGUUGUUCUUCCAUCAGUAAAUGAUGGUUCAUUCGUUCCACAAGGGUCGGCCCUUCCUCAAAUAGAUCACACUGGCAGCUUUGAGAUGAUUGAUAACUUUGGCCAAGAUGGUUUCGAAUCAGGGGCAAUAGGUUCUGAGGGUGGCACUCCUGAAGAUAGGGGAGUGAGAGAAACGGAGAGUGCUGUGCCACAAGAGGAAACAUCAGAAGCUCAGCCAAAGUUAUUUGCAUCACCAACUCCUACAAGGCCUGUUACCAGGGAGGAACCCGAGAAGAUUAAAAAAUGGCGUGAAGAGCAAAAGAAGCGAUUAGAAGAGAAAGAUGCAAAUGAGGAGAAAAGAAAAGAGGAGCUACGGGAAGGAGCCAGAAAGGAACUGGCUGAGUGGUAUCGCCAUCACGAAGAGCAAAUUGCAAAGACAAAGACAGCAAACAGAGAGGCUGCUAAAAAUGCUGAGAAGCAGUUUGUGGCAGAAUCAGAUGAAAUUGAGCCAGGCACAGAGUGGGAACGCAUUGCCAAACUGUGUGAUUUUAAUCCAAAAUCAAGUAAGACCAGCAAGGAUGUAUCUCGAAUGCGGUCCAUAAUUCUGCAGCUGAAGCAAACUGCACCUGCUCCAAAGCGUACUUGAAAUGUGUUAUGUUAUAAGUAUACCAUGAAUGUUCUGAAAUAUGCAUUUGUUAAUAUGUGAAACUGUUAAUUUAUAUUAAACAAUGGAAAGAUGCUUUAUUUGUGAAACUGGAUAUAUUAGAAUAAACAUUAACUGUGAUGUAGAAACAUUUAUUUUCAAUACAAAAUUACAUAAUAUAAAAAGUAAGUAAUGAACUAUGAACAUCAUAUUUUACAUUCUUUUCACAUGGUGUAAGUCCAAAAUAGCUGCUUUACUUUUGGCUUGGCAAGCCAGUUAUCUAAUGCAAUUAUGGCUGCAUCUGUAAAUAGAAAUUUGACAGAGUAAAUGUAAAACUGGUAUCAGUAAUUAGCAAUCUCAAAGUGCAGUGCUAUGAAACAUGCAGAUUUUCAUGUAGAACAUUCAGUAAAAUGUCAGUUCCCAACUGAAGAAAUAGUACUGAAUGCACAGUAUUUAAUAAUAAUGAACAAAUAUAGAAUGUUCUUUUAAAUGUUAUAAAAUUACUAUUUCAGUUGUGUAUUCUUCAUAUAUCAUAUUUUUACUAAGUACAAGUAGGUAUUAUCAUGUGUCUCAUCCUAGAUUCGUGGACUUACAGAAUGCAUUAAAACAUGUCAUGACCAGAAUAUUUGGAUGUAAGGCCCAGAGUCCAGCUAAAUCAGUCUGAGUUUAACUGAAGUGCACAAAUAGGACAGACACUUUGUAAAACAAACUGCUGUAUCUGCCAAUGUAUAAGACAUGGGUUUUUCCUUCAAAAAGGUUCCAUCUUAUACACAGGAAGUAACACUGAAAAUUACAUAAAUAUGAGAACCAUGUUUAACGUAAUGGAACUGAUGUUCUUGGAUGUAGGAAAAAACACUGUGGCUGUAGUCAUUUCUGGAAAAAUCGAGACCUCACGAAGAAAAUGUUUAUGCUUUGGAACGUAUAUAUAUUUAAUUUUACUUUUGUUCAUUAUCUAAGGCAGAUUCAUUUACUUUCAUUUAUAGUGAAUAUUUUUCUUAUACUUGAUUACUGCAUUUUUUUCUGUGAAAGAAGGAAUAAAAACAAAUGUUCUAGAUAA